AGCAGGGGGCCCCUCUCCCCACCCCCCAUCGUGGCUGAAUUCCGACUCACCUCUUCCGUCAUCAUCCCAUCGCAUCCCGUCCCAUCCACGUCCCUCCAAUCCACCGCUUCUCCCACCCCAGCUCCUCCAUUUUCCUUCCUCCCCAGGGAUAAUAUCACCAUCUGCAGUCGUCCACCAACACCGACACCACCACCUUGAGCCUCUGUCGCUCGGCCUCCCCAGGACAAACUCCAACUCUCCAAAAUCAUCCAAGUCGCCCCCUUCCCUCCACACCCUGUGGCCUUUGUUCCUUAGUCUUCACUUUUACUUACUUUUCUUCCUGCGCUUCCGUAUUUUCACCUUCACCUUGAAUCCCAUGCAACUUGCUACGAAAUCAUCUCAGGCCAUGCGCCGUUGAUCGAUAUUCCCGAACCCGAAGCAAACAUGUUUGGAGGUUCGAGAAGGCACCGUCAGGCCAAUCAGCCAUUGACCGCCGCAACCGCAAAUCCUAACGCUGCUACCGCAGCUGCCUCGGCCUUUGCGCGACGCGCAUCCAGCUCGUCUCUGUCAUCUGCCGCCGCCGCCGCUGCCUUGCGAUCGCGACCUACAACACCCAUCAAUGUCGCCGAAGUACAGACAAAGCGGACACAAAGGCGCAGUCGAUCGGUCUCGUCGCAGCGAAGCCAGGACACUCAAAGGGACCUACACCGAUCGCCUAGCCAGAGCUCCAUGACCGAACGGACCUUCCGCUCACCUUCACCACACCGAACACCGAUGGCUGCUGCCCCCGAUGCGCCGCCAGUCCCGAAUAUUCCGGACGACAUGCGAUCCAUCACGAGCCAGAGCUCUUCCCACAAGAGGUCAACGAGCCUACAGAUGCAGCCGUUCCGCGUAGCGAGUCAGAGGAAACAAGAUGGCGCCGGAUCGUGGUUUGGAGCGGCGAACGAGGGCAAUUUGGCCAACGUGAGAACGUCGGAUGCCCCAAUGCGCGUCGCCUCUCCAGAGUCUCGCCCGGGAGCUCGAUUUGUCUCACCCCGCCGAUCAGAGUCAGCAGCGUCGCGCCACACAACGGCGUCAGAUACUCAGUCACUCGUGUAUGAUCCCAAUUCGAGGAGGAUGGUUCCUAGAGUGAAUUUGUUGGUAAGCGAACAGAAAGUUCAGGAUGCUGCUGAGAAGCCCGUCAAGAAGUCAAAACACCAGCAAGGGUUAUCUAGAAGUGGUUCACACUUGGCCAAAGGUACGAUGGGUAGAGCGCAAGGCACUGCAGUUGAAGAGCUCACGCCUGCGCCUCUCCCUGCACCGGCAACGGCGCCGAAGCAACAACCACAACUUCGAGUUCCUACCGGGGCUCCUGAGCAACAAAGCCAGCCUCAGACUGAGGAGACUGUACCGCCGAAGACUAUACCGACACACCACCAGCAACCGUCUCCAGCACCUGUCGUAACCACUAAACAGUUUUCUCAACGUGAACCAGAAACCGCCCACACGCAACCGGCAUCCAACCUCGAGGUAGAGCAGCCGGUUGUGCAGGAUGUACGUAAGAGUGAUGGUGCUACGAUUCUGCCGCAUUCGGAACCCCGCCAAGGCGCGCCCAGAUUAGGAAGGAAACCUUCUAUAGUACAGGAGGAAUCCGAGGACGACCUCGAGGACUCCGACGAGGGCGAAGCCGCGCAGCCUCCGGUGCGCCACGAUAUUUCUGAUGUUCUUGACGCCGUACCUGUGAGGUCUUCAGCACCCCCGAAGCAACCAACGCUGUCAUCCGAAAGCACAGCUGUCGAAGCUCCAGCACAGAUGUCGUCUCAAAGGCAACCUAGUCCUCCACAGCUUAAGCAGCAUGGCAGUAUCAGAAACGGACGUGCGCACUCGAGCAGUCCUGCAAGAUCAGCACGCUUUGCAUUAGGCGCAGAUCAGUUAGCCAUCAGGCACGAGCCUCCUCCACGAUCCGUCUCGCCUCGAAAGUCCGCCAUGAAACAUUCAGUUAGCCCAUCCCGCGGUGCCUCACCGUCAGAUGAGGGCUCUGAAGCAUCGGGGCCAAGCCGGUUUGGCAGCGAGGCCACCGCCGUGGAGGCGCCAGUGCCACGCAAAAAGAGUGUACGAGUCAGCUUUGACGAUGAGAACACUAAGGUCGUAGGACAAUCCGCUGCAAAGCCGGAGCUGGAUUCACCUCUUCCCCUUAGUCCUCAAAACACGAAAAGACAUUGGUACAACCACCUGGGCCGAAGCCGAAAGAAAGAUGCAGUUGCCCUGGAUGAAGACGAAGUCAUGCAACCACGACCCGCCUUGCCCACAUUCGGCAGCGUUCGUGAAAAGAUGCCGCGGGACAGUGAGGAGGAGCGGCCACUCGUACGGCCCACUGAAUCACCGACGACAUCCGGCCCAGAUACCCCAGAUCGCACACCGGACCGGUCAAUCCCACUUGGUCAGUCCAACGAUCACAAUGUUGGCUCGAUUCUCCAUCUUCAGGAGCAGACGGCUAGAAACCCUGCAAACAUAUCGAGAUUCAGAGAGCCAUUGCCGCCCGUGGUUACGUCGAUGGAAGGUAGCGGCUAUUAUUCUCCCAGCAGCACGAGUUCGGAAGAUGAAGACGAGGCAGAAGUUUUCCAGGACUCAGAGGUUAUCCAGGAGCCCGCGCCAACCUUGCCUCCUGCGCAAGUCAAGGAGGAAAUCAUUGCCGAUCAUCCUGAGUUGGUCGACCAGCCGCAGUAUUCGACAGAUCCUGCUCACGAGAAUAAUACUGAACGGCAAGAGGAUAUCCUCCCUUCUAUCUCCGUUAUUCAACCGACACCAACUCCCAGGGAGGCAGUUAGCAAUCACCCAGCCAGUCUGUCAGGUUCAAGCUACUUUGAUGUUCCGGGAGGUUUCCCGAGCGACGACAGCGAGGAUAAUGUUCCGCACACCCGUGCGGUGCCCACCACAGAUGUGACGAAGCAUGAUCCGCCGACAUCGACGACAGUUCCCAACGGCGCCGCCAAAUCUUUCGCAAUUGCCGUUCCCAAAUCCACUCCCACCGAUGAAUCUGCGUCCGAAGGCGACAGCAUCUACAGUGACGCAUACGAAGACCUCUCAGAUAUCGACGGAGACGGUUUCAUGUCUCUCGACGCCGUCGUCGCAUCGCCCGUUUCCGACAAGGUUUCUCAGAAGCUCUACAAGAAGGCUCUAGCAGAUUCUCAAAAGGAGACCGCCCACGACGCUGAUGUCUCAGGAACGCACGAUGCGCCGGACGUUUCGCAGUUGUCAAAUAGCUCGCGGCAACCAGAGGAUGAGUGGGAGAAGGCCAAGCUCUACUGGAAAGGAUUGACAAGUGACAAGCGGAAACAACUCGAGCAAGAGGCGCUGGAGGAAGCCGGGGCCGAAGGCGACCUCGAAGAGGUUGUCCAGCCUGUGAAGCCCAAGAGGAAGAAAUCUGUUCGCAAGAGCGACCCUGUCGAACAACAGCAGGCUUCCACCAACCCAGAACGCAUUUACCAAAUCCAGCCUGGAACGAGAGCCGCCGAUGAAGAGGAUGAAGCAGAGCCGCCAGUCGCUAUCCGGAAGACUAUGCGAGGACGACACGCUCAGGAGGCAGCGCCAGCUAAUGGAAGACUCCAGAAGACAAUGCGUGGUGCACCUAAUCAGUCAGCCGCGGCUACAAACUCCGGCAUGCGAAGGUCGAUGCGAUCGGACAAUCAAACUCCUCAAGGCUCUCACCAAGUACAAGCUGCGGCUCCUGGAGGCAUGAGAAAGUCUAUGAGACAGACUGGCUCGUCUCAACCAGGGGCUAUUCCCCAACAAAGGGCGGCCCCCGCAACGUUGACAAGCCAGGAUACUCGUUCUAAGCACCUCUCCAUGGACAGCACAAUGUCAAGCGUUGAAAUGGCGAAAGCCAUGCAAGCAGCGAUGCAGUCGACACCUCGUCGACGAGGAUCCGAUUCCAGCGAGACCAGCUUUCGACGGUCUCGGCCAAAGCAGGAAGGAUUUGGCUUCCGGAAAUCGAUGCGAUCUAACGGGGAGGCCGAGCAGGCGGCGGCUGGUAGGAACUCGCGCUUCAGCCUCCGGUCAAUGUCUCCACCCGCCUCGCCGUCUCAGCCACCGAUCAGCAUGGGCAACCGUACAACUAUGCGAGGCACGCUGCGAAGUGAUUCAAGUGAUGGAAGCACGCGUCGCAUGCGCCUACCGUCUUUUGGCAAGUCAUCUUCCAAAAAGGUGGCGGGAAACCCGGCGACACCGGGGAAGAGCCGCUUUGGCGAUUCGAGCGACGAAGACGAUGCUGGGCCCUCUGGAUUCCGCAGCCGCUUUGUCGACUCUAGCGACGAAGAUGAAAAGACAGCGCCUGCAUCCGCACCGCACAACAUGCCGAAGAGCAUGCGCGCAUCAAGCUCCGCUGCGGCGGCUGCAAUGAAGGUUCCCCCUCCUCGAUACGACGAAAAGGCAGAAGAUUCUCCCGACCUGCCUGACAGCAGCGACGAAGAGGCGCCGCCGCUGCCGGUUUUGCAAAAGCCCAAACUGUCUCCGAGAAAGGUCUCUGGCGCUAGCGGCCGCCUGGUGAAGUCUCAAACGGACGGUCAUGGCUUGCCGUCCUCGGGGUCUCCUCGUGGAGGGCUUAUGGAGUCAUCCACGGCUCCUGUCGUCAACACCCGACCAAACCACGAACGCAGAGGCAGCUUCCUCUCUAUUCUUCGGCGCAGAAAGGACUCUGAUGCCGGGAAGAUCUCUCGGCCCGCCGCUGGCGAGAGCGGUGCCAGGAUGGACACGAAACUCGAGCGCAGCGCCUCGGAGAUCUCGGCUCUCCGUGGCAUAAACGGGUCGAAGCUCCAGAAGCUACCCAUGGAGAACUGGCCCCUCGUUGAGGAGAACUUUGACGAUGAGAAGCGCCCGAUGACAGCUGAUAACAACAAGCACGUGGACGCGUCCAGGCCGACGUUUAUGAAGCGCCGUAGCACCAACCAGGUACUUACCUCAGGGUAUCAAGAAGACCAAGAGAGCGUCCAGUUGGAUCCCUCGGGCAAGAAGAAGAAGAAGUUUGGCACGCUCAGGCGCAUGUUCAAGCUUGAUGACUAGUCGUCCGGGGUAUGCUGUUCA